AGAAUCUUCCAAAUAGUAAAUCCAAGUGGUUUGCAAGUAAAGCGCAUUGUCCUACGGUAAUAUUGAAAUUUCUCCCGUACCUACCUUAAUAGAAUGAAAAUUAACCAAUAGAAAGCCACUCUUUUUCAAAACUUUACGUAAUGUGCUUUAGGUCUUUGGGAUUUUAUAUUUGAUUGAUGGUCGUAUUACUUUAUUUACUAUGAGUAUUUUAUUCUUUCAAUGAUCAUUAACAUGUCUAUAAAACGCAUCUUCAUUAUCAUCAAAAGCCCCUUCCUCCUUCACCUCUUCUUCAUCCCUUCUAUAUAUGUUCUGAAACUCUGCUCUAAUAAUAUUUCGAUCUCUUUUUCUUUCAUUCUCUGUUUUCCGAAAGUUCAAAAUAUUUGUCUUCCUAUUUCACUUUUAUUUUGAUGCAUUACUAUAGAGCCUCGAUUCUUGAUGUACUUUGAGAUUCAUGUCUCCAGUAAUCAGUGAAGUCCUUCUUUCUGGUUUUACAAUUAAUUCAACACUUCGUCGUGGAACCCACUUAGUCCAAUCCUUCUCUGUUGCCUUCCUCUACUGGUUCUACGUGUUCUCAUGAAACUACCUUCCCAUUUAAUUUCCUCUCCCUAACUUAUUAUUAAGCUCCAUCAAAUACCUAUAACCUCAAUUCUAAUUUAGCUAUUAUUACUGAUACUUACAACUUAUACAUAUUUUAUUCAGUUUUAACGUGUUAGAUUACAAGUAUUAUGGCUUCUCCUAGUGGAACUUCUUCAGGGUCAGAGGAUCUACAACAACUAAUGGAUCAAAGGAAACGCAAAAGAAUGAUAUCGAACAGGGAAUCAGCAAGAAGAUCAAGAAUGAAGAAGCAGACGCAUUUGAAUGAAUUAAUGGUUCAAGUGAAUCAACUCAAGGAUCAAAAUAAACAAAUUGCGACUAACAUAAAUAUGGUGACUCAGAUUUAUUUGAAUGUGGAAGCAGAUAACUCUGUUCUCAGAGCCCAAAUGGCAGAAUUAAGCCACAGGCUUCAGUCUUUAAACGAGAUAAUAAAUUGCAUCAACUCAGCAAAUUCAGCAAUUGAUGAAACAGAGGUUAUUGGUGAAGAUGAUUUCUUGAAUCCUUGGAAUUUGCUACAUGUGAACCAACCAAUCAUGGCUUCUGCUGAUGCCUUCAUGUACUGAUUUAUCAUUUAAUAAGGCAUUGAAAAAAACAAUUAAAGAAACAAGAUAUUGUUGUUUGUGGACUCUUUGGCUUGGCUCUAGAUGAAGGCGUUUGGUUAGGUUCACUAAUAAAUAAUUGUAUCUCAUAGAAAAGAGAAAUUUUGUAAAAUGAUGGUGUGACGCCUUCUUGGUUUGUAAGUGGGUCACUGCUACUAAGUUCCUUGUCUCUUUUGUGAUACUAUUAAGAGUAAUUCAAUAAGUGUCUUGUUGUGUAA